UUUUUAAAGUAGCAUUCAUGCAAACGAGACCGAAAAAAGUCAAACAAAAAUUGUAGCUGUCAUGCAACAAGUGGGUUGAAAGUUUGAUUACGUUUACGUGUCUAGUUCGUUUUCGUGUCCAGUAUGGGCAGCGAAGCACGUUAUGAUCAUGAUUCUGAAUUGACUUCAGCAUAUAAUGUUGGCUGUUCCCGUAAGUGCAGACUUUAACUUUCGCCACCCGAAUUGGGCUCACUUCAUGGCUUCGUUUGUAUCCUCCAUGCGGCACAGGUUGUUUCCUUUUGCCACAUGAACAUUCAGGUGAGGUAGAAGCCAUCACAUUCUGGGUUUUCCUUAUACAAAUGUCUUUUUCCAUUCAUCUUCCAUGAUUAUGAAGUAAGCAGCCAGUAAACAUUACUGAAGUUUCAUAUAUUUGAAGAAAUGGCGUCGGUGGUCGCAGCAGUUUAUCCAUGGCUGGCAUGGGCCGGCAACAUGGUUUGUUCCGGGCUGGCUACGGUCGUGAGUGAAGGAGCCGUCGAGCACGCCUUCGAGGUCUGUGUCAUUAAGGCGAAAGUGAUUUCUGUGUACUUAUAUCUCUGCACACCUAGUACUUCAAAUAUACUUGUUCAUUAUUUACUUCAAACUAUCCUGUAGUUUGUUACGGUGCCCCUGUGCCUGACACAAUGAGAUUCUUCCCGAAUCUAUCAACAUGUGCAACAUCCUUUUCUAAUUCUUCGCUGCUGCGGAUCGUAUUCAACCAGCUCUGCUCACACAGUGCGUGGUACAAUUUGUUGGCUUUUCUGCCACUGUAUUUCGUGUUCGACGCGGUACGAAACCAGCGAAAAGGCGUUGCUGCCGUUGCGCAGAUAGGCUCACUGCAGCAGCGCAACGAUGUGGCGGUUCGAGCGGCCUCGAGUACAGACAAAGCUACAACACCAAUCAGCUCGCCGGCGCUGCGCUCAGAAUCAGGGCAGCCGACAAUACUUGUAUGGGCUUGAGUUAGAAAUUUUUUAUAUUGUCCGACGUGGUGCAAAAGCGCUUGCGAUUCUUCUUAUCGGAAGCCUGUACUUCAUAGUACAAAUUAUACAAACAAAGUACUUAUUCAAGUUUCUUUGUGGUACUUCUAUUUCUUUUUCUCGUCCGGCUACAUAUGUUGGCAUCUUCAAACGUGGCCAAGAUUUCUAAUAUGCACGUCAGAAGAUGAUACAAAAGAGCCUUGCCUGAAAGCUGUGGGCGAGCGUAAGGCUUCAUCAGAGAGCCUUGUUGGUGAUGAGCCUGCUUUACUAUCGGAAGCAAGUGCGAUCGACAAGUUGUGGUUCGUGCUAGGAGUGGGUAACGUCGCCCUCACACCAUACAUAUUGGGGCUAGCUCCGACUUGGUACUUUCAUUCAUUGGCGCUCUUUUUUAUAUAUAUAUAUUGCUCUUCAACCAUCUAAUGGCCUGAACUGCUCGGCGCGAUUUUCCCUUUUCAUGCUUAUAUUCUAGAGCAUUGCUCGGCGUUUUCGUACUUGGCCACUCAAUUUCUUUGGGCUAAAACUUAGUUUGCCUAAUCGCCACCCGGAUACUCACUGCUCAUCUUUUCCCUAGGUACUACGUGUACUACACUCCUAAAGUGGUGCUUCUGACGCUGCUGAGGUGGGUGAAAUUCGUCAAAAAGCGCCAGCAUUACCUGCUCUACGAUUUUUGCUAUUGGUGCAACGGCUUGAGUCUCCUUUAUGUAUGAGUGAACGGAAACAAAUAAUUACAAUACGUACACGUAGCCUUACCCUAUGGUAUGAAAAUACUUCUCUCGACUUCUUCUUCAGUGUAUAGAACGAGGCCACUGAGAACGUUGCAAAAUCAAAUAAAGAAACACGUGCAUCAUCAUCAUGUGCCAUGUAUCAGAUGAUGCAUCCCGAGCAACACUCUUUCAUUUCUGUGCUGGGUCUUUCCGCAAAGUUCGGUGAUGUUUCGCGUGGUUUUCAUCAACGCGACCGGCCCGUUGGCUUUGGCGGUCUUGUGCUUCAACCACAGUCUCAUCUUCCACUCCUACGCGCACAUGACCAGCGUUAUUAUCCACGUUAGUCCGCUGUUAUGACAUUGAGUUUGAGUAGGUACCAAGCAGUAGUACUAGACACUACACCUCACCUCUCUACUUCUGCAACUUGAUCCAAAUGCAGCUCAGGUCUCCAACAUGCGGAAAAUCAUGUUGCUAGUACUUAGAAUUGGAGUCCACCCUGGAGUUAUAGAGUGAAAAUUAAUAUGCGGGAGGAAAACAAGGAAUUAUAGCAAGACAAGAAGCAUCGUAAGAUUCAGUAGCAUCACCACCCAAUUUGAAGAAACAAUCCUCGCCUUCUUCAUGCUUUUGCCUGGUCUACGGGCUCCGAUGGUACUCGGAUCCCUACUUCGCGGUAUGCGACGACCACGUUGCAACGCGUCACGAGCGAUUUGGUCCUGCCUGCGAGGAAAUUAUUAUGGCUGUUGCUGUUGCUGCUGUCUGAAAACUGGAAUGAUAGUGUAGCCUGCGCACGCGGUCCCUUAGUCGAGUCCCAGCAGAGUAUAGUGACAAUUGUAGUUGUAGUCAAGGGAUACCAGAAUCUAGUCGAUUUACCGGUAGUACAGCUACAAAGCAGCCACAUUGAUUUGUAACAAGGACUUUCUUACUCCAUCAUCUCUAAUAUCACUCAUUUGCAACUAGUUUGGGAUGCGAUGCGUUACUUUUAUUUGCCGUGGUCGGUGAUAUACUUCCUUUGGAUCUUUGUUGCUCUCGGAAAGUACAUCGAGGAACGCAAUUAUCAGACCCUGUGGGACCGAGUAUUGGGUAUGGGAAGAAUAGGCCGCUUCUUAAAUUAAGGCUUCCCAUAGUAGUUCAUCUUCCCAAGCAUGAUCCUGGGACCAUGUUAAAGUAAAAGGGGGAAACGUCUGAGAAUGCUCUUCAAGAUGGACAACUUAUAAGCUUGUCGUAGUUCUAAUCAAAGUGGAUGCUUACGAAAUUCCCGAAAAUUUUCGUGCAAGCAUUCUAUCUGUUGAUCCACCUGCUUUACUCCGUGAUAUCAAUGGCAUUUGCCUCUAUGCUGUUCCACUUUCAGCUGGCGCACUUCCUCUUCCUCGUCGCGAUCUGUGCAGCAACGGCAUACAACGGUAGUACGUGCUUCCUCACAUCUCUUUUUAGAAUGAACAUCACAGGUUGUAUGAAAACACCGGUUUCCACAAAUAGAAGAAAGAUGUAGGAUUUGACUCAGACUAUUCUGUUAUACCAUAACCAUAGCAGCUCCUGCAGACGGAGAAGUGCAUUGUUGUUCUCGUCGAAUGAAUAUUCACACCACUUGAUCCUUUUCUCCCUUUUACCAAUUACCAGGUGCGCAGUUUUAUUUGCAGGCACUGGAGCCACUCUAUCGCAAGGCGCUUGUCGAAAGGCGUCAAGGGCAAGGGAUUCGGUCUUCGAAUUUGAAAAUUCUCCUAUCCGCCUCCAUGGGCUUACAGAAUGCAGUAGAGAAAGAGAAGGGUGAGUAACUUUGGUUAAUUCGACGUUGCCGACAACAAGCAGCGUCAUCAUCAUGGCGUCUUGAGUAGCACUACUAGUCUUCUACCGGUUAUGUAACAGUAUAGCACCUAUAUUGAAAAAUACAACUAACCACAGGGCGGGCUGGUCAAGGUAGGAUGAACUCUCGUCAGCCAUUUUUGAUUUUUUACAAGACACUGACACUCCUCAUGAUCAUGAUGAAUAAUUGGUUGCAUAGAUGAUAGAGAGUGCUAAAAUUUUGUAUGAUCAUGGUCGUGAAAGGUUCAUGGAGAAGGAAAUUACAUUGAUUUGUAACUUGCGUGCGUGGAGGCGUUUGCUGAGCAUAUGCUGUCUGCUGAAUUCGUGCGCCCACUAAACAAGAGAAAACACAUACAUAGGACAUGUUGACACUCAUGGAUUGCGAAGAACCUCGUGAAACAAGAAUUAGUAUGUUGGUACAAAUGCCUGUUUACAACCGAAAAGACAGUCUGUCUGCAGACAUGAUACAGCCAAACCACGGUCAUGUUGGUCACUAUUUCCUCUCAGAGGACAUUCACAGACUGGGUCCUACAGUAGUACUAGUGUAAGUAGUUGUCGGCUAGCGUGAC